ACGGAACAUUUUGCUGCUGGCAGCCUUUGACUGAACAUUAAGGAUUAAGAUUCAAUUUAAUAUUACAAGGAACCAAAUUAUAUAUAACUAAUCCCAACAAAAACGACAUUAAUCUCAGUCUAACGGAGCAGCUAUGCUGUAUAUUCUUGUUCUCCUCAUUCUAAUGGACCAGAGCUGUUUGAUGGUAAGUCAGCUCUAUGAGUAUCUCUACAUUAAUGAGGAAAAGACCUGGACUGAAGCUCAGCAGUACUGUAGAGAGAAACACACUGACCUGGCCACAGUGUCUAACAUGACAGACAUGAAGAGACUCCUUAGUACCAGAGCAGGACACAUGAAGGAAGCUUGGAUUGGUCUGUAUGACCAGACAGAUGGUGACAGAACAUGGUACUGGUCUCUGCCUGGAGUGGAGUUCAAUGAAAGUGAGACAAACUGGAACGAAAAUGAACCAAAUAAUGUUAUGGCAACUCAAAACUGUGGUAUUAUAUGGAGAGAUCGAAAAUGGGGAGAUGAGUCCUGCAAUAAACAUUUCUAUUAUCUCUGCUACAAUGAAACUAAUGCGUUAAACAAAUUCUACUUAAGUAAUGAAAAGAAGACCUGGCUGGAAGCUCAGACUUACUGCAGAGAGAAACACACAGACCUGAUCAGUGGACUGGACCAGCUAGAGAAUGAACAACUAAAAGAUACAUUUUUUUUUUCCACUCUUGAUCAAAGUGAAAGAUACAUAUUUACUGGUCUGUUCAGAGACACCUGGAGGUGGUCAGAUGAAAACAGUUUCUCUUUCAGACACUGGAACCUAAAGUUUGACAACCAAAUAUACAACAGUGGUCAAUGUGCCAUGACUGUGUUUAAUGAUGGAGGCAGAUGGAGGAAUGAGACAUGUGAAAAGAAAAGACCCUUUAUCUGCUAUGAUGAUAAAGUGAUCCUGGUCAAAGAAAAGAUGAACUGGGAGGAUGCGUUAUACUACUGCAGAGAUCACUACCAUGACCUGGUCACCAUCACCAGCCUGGAUGAGCAGAGAUGGAUCCAGGAGAAAGCCAAGAAGGCCUCGACUGAUUAUGUCUGGAUGGGACUGCGCUACACCUGUACUCUGGAUUUCUGGUUCUGGGUCAGUGAUGAGGUGGUCAGGUAUAAGAACUGGGCCUCAGGGGAACCAGUGGAUGACUGUGACAUGUCUGGAGCCAUGGAGACAGGAGGAGGACAUAAGUGGAGGAAAAUAAAUGAUCUAGAGGAGUUUAAUUUCCUCUGUUCAAAGUCCUAAAGCUCGUUAUUCUAUCUGAUGAAAGUCUUUUUAAUUCAUUUCACUACUUCUUCAGUUCCUUAGUAUGUAUUAAUUCUAUAGACUUUAUUUCUAGUAAUCUUGCUCUGUAUUGUAGACGCAGACGGUUAAGAAGUGCUUUUAGUUUUUAUUUUUCAAGCUUCAUAUGACUAACAUUACGUAGAAGUAUCACAAUGUGCCUUAUGGUAACUACCUUAAACUUUAAAAUGUGCUUUGUUUAUUUUAUUCAUUUGUCAAUGUAUAUCUUUAAAAAAAAAUAUCAAGGCUUUAAGGCUUUAAUACAGUCAGAAAAAUAAAAUGUUAUACUGUUUUAAAUGUAAAUUUCCAUUUUUUCCACCUCCCUUUUUAUGGUUAAAACAUUCAUACAUUCACAACAGAUGGAAGAGGCCACAAUGAUAUAGGAUUGAAAAGAAAAGUUCUACAUCAAGCAUGCAGGAAACAAGGGGGGGGGGCAUGCUAAUUAACUGAAUCUCUAUGACCCAAUGAAGAUCUAUUCUAA